UUCAAAGGAUUUCUAUCUUUUAGUACUCAAUUUGAAUGAUGUAUCCCUAAUUCUUAUGGACAACAAGUGCAAAAAUAUUGAUGAUUAUGAAAAAGUACCAUAUAUCAUAGGGAAGUUAUUUGGAAAAUAUCUAAAUUCUUUUAAACAUAAGAAUGCAAAAGAGAUAUAUAAAGUUGAACCAAAGAAAGCUGAUUUCAAAUGGAGUACUGAAAAAAAUCAUACAGAUUCUGGAGUAUUUCUUAUGUGUCACAUGGAUACUUACAUGGGAGAAAAUAUAAAGGAAUAUCAUUGUGGAAUUUUUGCUAAAUGUUCGGGUCAAGUAAAUCAAUUAAAAGUUCUAAGAAGGAAGUAUGCGACAAGAAUUCUAUUAUCAGAACUGAAUUUGAAGAAAGAAGAAAUUCUAGUAGAAGCUAAUCAUUUUCAUUGUCUUAGAAAAGAAGAGAAGAACAAUAUUUUAGAUUAUGCUAUAAAAAACUGGAAUAACAGAGGUUGA